CCCCGCAUGCCCGACAGAUUGACCCAUCCAAUCCCAGCCCGCCGGGGCUCCGGUGCUUCCUGCUUCUUGCUUCUCCUAGCCACGUUUCCUGCGUCAACAUCCCAAUCUUGAGGCUCCAUGGGAUCUUUGGCUCCCUCUUCUCUUCGUUCCUUGUUUUCUCUGAAGUCCUCUUUCCCCAUCCCAAGGGUCGCUUCUAGGAUCACCAUGGCAAGCGUAUCAACAGCUUCCAGUGGGAGCACCAGGCCCAGUACGUGGCAGGGUGCUGGUGCAGCUGAAUUUGACCUGAGAAGCGAUACGAUGACAAAACCCACUCCGGCAAUGCUCGAAGCCAUUUGCCAGACUACCCUUCUCGACGAUGUUUUUGGCGAAGAUCCAGUGACAAAUGAUCUCGAGGCUUACGUGGCAGGACGCACUCAACAUGAAAGCGCCCUGUUGGUCAUGUCAGGUACAAUGGGUAACCAAGUUGCUAUUCGCACCCAUCUGAAGGAACCUCCUUAUUCCGUCCUGUGCGACCACCGUUCUCAUAUCAUCUGCUACGAGGCCGGUGGGGUAAGCUCCCUUACAGGCGCAACGGUAAUGCCUAUCAUUCCGAAGAACGGUGUCCGUCUUACCCUAGAGGAUAUCAAGAAACAUGCGGUACUCAGUGAUAACAUCCACUAUUGCCCCACGAAGCUCAUCUGUCUUGAGAACACGUUGGACGGAUUGGUUAUGCCACUUGCUGAAGCUCGGCGCAUUACUGAAUGGGCUCAUCAAAACAGUAUCAAGGUUCACCUAGAUGGUGCCAGGCUUUGGGAAGCAGUGGUGUCCGGAGCCGGCAGCUUGCCGGACUACACUACUUUGUUUGAUAGUGUGAGUCUAUGCUUCUCCAAGGGCCUAGGUGCUCCCAUUGGCAGCAUGAUUGUUGGCUCGAACGAGUUCAUCAAGAAGGCUCGGUGGUUCCGCAAAUCCAUCGGCGGUGGUGUGCGUCAAGCUGGAGUCAUCUCUGCGGCCGCCCGCGUCGCAAUUGAGGAGACAUUCGGACCGGACCCUCAGGGAAAGCAAGGGAAGCUUAUAGGAUCGCAUGAGAAGGCAAAGAAGGUUGCCGAUAUGUGGACUAGCCGUGGAGGCAAGUUAUCCCAUCCUGUAGAGACCAACAUGGUGUGGCUGGACAUCGAGUCAUCCGGACUGGGACCUAAUGAUCUGGCUGAAAUCGGACAAGAGAAGGGCUUGAAGUUGUUGGGUAAUCGUAUCGUCGUCCACUACCAGGUAUCCGACGAGUCCCUUUCGCGAUUGGAGCAGGUCUUUGAUGCAGCCAUGAGUGGGACAUACCAGCGUAGCACUGACGAGAGUAAAGCGUAUGGCAGUCGAUAGAGAUUAGCAUGAAUAUCAGAUAUAAUCGUCUUGAUCUGGCUUGGCCGAUCCACGG